UAGGCAAUUGUGCAGUGCGAUGGCACGAGCAGUGGUCACAAUAACAGCAGCGUCUAUAAGGUUGUGUCUGCUGCCCACGAGUCGAGUCGUACCUCCACGUCCACACCAUGGUAGACACGACGGGAGACAAGGCGCUGGCCGCACUGCUCGACUGGCUCAACUCGUUUCCAGGCUUCCACAACAAGGGUGUACUCAAGUUUGCCAACCAUGGUGGACGUGGAUUGUUCGUCGAUCAGGCUGUUCAGCCCAGCGAGAACCUCCUAGUCAUCCCCGCUGCCUCCCUCCUCAACCCCCUAACGCUGCAAAAGUCGACGCUCAACACGAUCCCGGCCGAGCUCUUCCCCGUGGCCGCGUCGACCUCGUCCCCACCGCGGCGCUCGUCAAACGGCACGCCGCGGCUCACGACCACCCAGCUCCUCACGCUGCACAAUGCGCUCACGCGCGACCCGAAGCAGCGGCACAAGUCGGAGUGGCAGGUGUUCAUGGACUCGCUGCCCGGCUUCAGGCCGUGGCACCCCCUCACGUGGGUUAUCCCCAGCAGCGACGACGACGAGCAGGACGAGUGGUGGAUACAGCUGUAUGAGACCCUCAGCGAGAGCGUCAAGAUCAAGAUUGCAGAGGUCAAGAAGCGGUAUGAGGACGACCGGGUGGUGGUGCGCAAUGUUUUGGCGAAUGAGGAACCGUUCAGGUCGCAGGGAAUCGACAAGGAGUUGUCAGACGAGGUGAUCUUGUGGGCGUGGCUGAACGUCAACACGCGUACCGUGUCCAUGCCACUGGGCCUCGCCGAGCCCAUCGACGCCAAGUGGCCCGUCAACAACCACUCGUUCAUUCCCCUGCUGGAUAUGAUCAACCAUUCUUCGCUGAGCAGCGUCGUCUGCCCCAAGCCUGAACCCCUACCCUCAUCUUCAGUAUCCAAGCGCGUGAUCAAGACGGCCCGCGGACCAGGAAGACAGCUCAACGCGCACCUCAUCCCUGGCAAGAUUGACCAGGCAGUGUUCGCCCCUCUGCGUGGCUUGGAAGCAGGCGAGGAAGUAAUGUUCAUGUACGGCCCGCACUCCAACGCCCUCCUGUUUGCCGAGUAUGGUUUCACAGAAGUCGACGACACGAGCGACCCCCUGCAGUGGCCCAACGGCGACAUUGACGUCUCGCCGUGGGUGUACAAGCUGUGGGAGGACGGAGGGGGCACCGACGAGAAACGCGACGUGCUCGACGACGCCGGGCUGUGGGGGCACAACAAGCUUCUGUCCAACAGCGGCGAGCCGCAGCCGAGCAUCGGGCUCAUGUCGACGCUGUGUGUGCUGUACUCGUCGCUCGAGAGCAACAUUACAGUCGACACGCUGCGCACGCGCACCUUUUCCCGCACGACCAAGAUGGCCGCACGGCGCGCCCUCGCGCGGAUCUGCGAGGCCGUGUUGUCUGACGCUGCCGACGUGCGUGAGGAUCUCGAAGAGAUUGCCCCGCUCGCGGGCGACGACGCGGCCAAGCGCCAGGCAGUGCGGACAUCCCGCGCGCUCCUCCGCGAAGAAGAGCACAUUGCCAAGGGCGUGCUCGAGCUCGUCGAGAAGGGCGGGUCUAUCCCGAGUUUCUAGAGCGGCGACUAGCGUUUCCGCCUGUCGGCAGCAGCUCGCCUUGCCGCAUCACGAGCGUCUGGCGCGUCACGGCGCGCCGCAGCUCGGCCCUAGACCCAUGUAUCGGCCGUAGUGUAGAACCAAGUGUAGUCGUACAUAGUAUACAUAACCCAGAAACCAACCACAUGUCACGCAGCAGCAGC